AAGUAACAUCAGUCAAACUAAUAAGAUCGAUAUUUACAUCACCUUUUAUAAUAAAAUAAAAACAAUGUUUCGUGCUAUUUUAAUUGCCUGUUUAUUGGUUGCACCUGCCCUGGGUCAUUCGGUAGGAGCUCCAAAUGCUGUUUGUACUAAUGGUCUACGUGUUGGACAUCAUGCUGAUCCUCAAACCGGUGAGGCACCUUAUAGCUUUUCGGGCGAGAAUGCGGUAAAAUCGGGUGAGAAAAUUAAAAUCACCUUGAGUGGUGACGAUUUCCUGGGUUACGUUUUGCAAGCUCAAGAUGACAAACAAGAACCCAUUGGUACCUUUAAAAUACUCGAAGACAACAAAUCACAACUUUUAACUUGUUCAGCUGAAGGGGACACUUUAACCCAUGUCCAGUUCGACAAAAAACCUAUUACCAGUGUGGAGUUCGAGUGGUUGGCACCUGCUGAUUAUAAGGGAAAUGUUAAAUUUGUUGCAACAGUGGUGAAAAAUUACAAAACAUUCUGGGAACGCAAGGUAACCAAGGAUGUUACCGUAGAAUAAAUUUUAAAGAAAGUUUAAAAAAAUGUAUUCAAAAAAAUAUUUAAAAUAAAUACUUGAGCAUAUUAAAACUUA